CACUCCUCACACAAAACUUGUUUUUAUAGAAAACCCCACCACAUCUUACGCGUCGUCUUCUGCUUUGUCGAUUUUCCUCGCACUUUCUCCGUCGCUAUCGUCACCGGCGAACGGCGAUCGGAGAUCGUUUCCUUUAAUCUCCGGCAUUCUCUCAUUUUCAUCUUCCUGUGGUACCAUUCAAUGAUGAGUUCAACUAAGGGGGGUAAGAACCCUUCUGGUUCUGGUACAUCUGGUUUAGUGCCGCGCGAUGAUGGUUGGGAGAUGUAUGCUAAGAAAUCCAAGAACAAAGCUGGAAGUAGUGGUACAAAUUAUUGUGCUCCCCAAAAUCCCGCUGCUCCUUCAGCACCUAAAGCAUGGAAUGGCGGAGCAGGAAGGGGUUCUGUCAGCAACACAGAUCCUAGAAGACCUUUGGUGGGAAGAGGCAAUGGGAGGUUUCCUCCUGAUACUUCAACUCCCCUACAGCAUGGGAGGACUUGGUCUGCUCUAUUGGCGCCCACUCAACCUCCUAAAGAUGGCCCUGGAAACAUACCAAACAACCACAAUCAUCCAGCCUCAGCAGACAAUCAAGCGGUUAACAAUGUAACAGAAGUAGAAGAUGAUGAGGAUGACGAUAUGCUUGAUGACACUGAUGACGAGUUACUAAGUGAUGGUUUUGACUCAGACGAAAGCGAAAAGAGUUUUGAGACACGCAAGCAGAAUCCCUGGUUCAAGAAGUUUUUUGAUAGUACUGAUAAAUUGGUGAACGAAGAGCUGAAUGACCCUGAAAGACAAUGGCAUUGUCCUGCUUGCAAAGGGGGUCCAGGUGCUAUUGAAUGGUUUAAAGGUUUGCUUCCACUGAUGACACAUGCCAAAACACGACGGUCUAAGCGAGCAAAGUUGCACAAAGAAUUUGCUGAACUAUUGCAGGAAGAGCUGAACAUAAGGGGCACUUCUGUUUCUAGAGCAGGAGAAUCAUACGGAAAUUGGAAUGGAAUUAGUGAGAAGGAUUUUGAGAUAGUGUGGCCACCGAUGGUCAUAAUCAUGAACACUAGGCUUGAGAAAGAUGAUAAGGACAAGUGGACAGGAAUGGGGAACCAGGAGCUUGUUGAUUACUUCCACAAUUAUGCUGCUGUCAGGGCCCGGCAUUCGUAUGGGCCACAAGGCCAUCGAGGCAUGAGCGUGCUUAUUUUUGAGGAAACUGCUGUAGGCUACCUUGAGGCUGAGCGUCUUGCCAAGCAUUUUACAGAUACGAGUAGAGACAGGGAAACCUGGCUAAGAAAUCCUGUACUGUUUUAUGCUGGUGGGAAGCGCCAACUCUAUGGCUACAUGGCUGGAAAAAAAGAUUUAGAUGCCUUUAACCAGCAUUCACAUGGUAAAUCCAAGCUGAGAUUUGAAAUGAAAUCUCAUCUAGAGAUGGUUGUGAAUCCAAUGAAGCAGAUGAGUGAGGACAACCAGCAGCUAUUGUGGUAUAAAAACAAAGCUGAGAAACACCAAAGGCAGGCAAAAGCUCUUGAAGAAUCAUUUCUUGUGAUGGGUGAAAAGUAUCGUGAGACUGCUGAACAAAAUAAAAUUGUUAUAUCAAGAACGAAAACUCACCAUGAACAGAACAAGGAAGAGAUGGAUUAUCUGGACAGUUUCAUCAAGGAAAAGCUGCAGAGCAUACACGAUGCCAAGAUUGCUGGGGGUUCUAAUAAUCCAAAUUCUUCUCUUGUGGAUGAUCAACGAAGAGCUGACCAACUGGCGAAAUAUUUCGAGUCUCUGAACCUGGAAAAGGGGCACUCAGGGGAACAUAAGCAGAAGCUGAUGGAGGCUUACGAAGAGUUGAGGCGUCGGCGCCAGACGGAAGAGGAUGAGAUGAAACAGCGGCACCAGGCGGAGAUGGAUGAGAUGAAGCGCAGGCACGAGGAAGAGGAGGUUGCUGCCAAGGAAGGGUUGAAUGCUGCCUUGGCUAAGAUGAUGAAGUAAGUAACUCUGUAUGUGCACUCUCUAUCUGAACCUGCUGCAGGAUCCGCGAGGGGAAGAAGAUAGGUGUUUCUAUUAAUAUAUGAUAUGAUAAAACUAUUAGAGAUUCCACAUCAAGACAUCUUCAGACUUGAACUCUUAUUUAUUUUUCUUAACUAUGCAUUGGAAGAUGAUUGUGGGGUCUGCUGUCUGGGGUAGCCAGUCAUCCACUCUGUUCAUUGCACUACCAUUUUAGAAUGACCUGGGAUUCUAAUGUUUGUGGGUUUUGAACUCGAAUUUGGCACCAAGGUUUUUCUACUGAGGUGUCUAAUCGCCUAAUCGAUUAGCCAAUUUCAUGGUCCACUGAUGCCUAUUUUUAUUAUCCGGCCUUAUUUUUGAAUGCUCGCUUAAUGUUCAAAAAUAUAUUGAUGUGGGUAUG